ACUGUGGAACCAAUAUCUAGACUACCAACGAAAUUUAUCAAAUGGAAAUGGAGAACCAAGUUGGUUUCAGUCCCCUUGGUUGUAUGUAGAGUGUUACAUGUAUCGAAGAAUUCAUGCAGCAUUAGCACACAACCCACCUAUUGACAACUUUGAUGUAUUUAAAGAAGGAAAGGCUCAAAAUUUCUUUGAAUCCCAAGAGGCUGUUAUUGCCCUGUGCACUUACUUUCAGGAACUUCUUAAAAACAUCAAGGAUCUAGAUGAAAGGCAACUUCAGGAGGAACUUUUUAAGCUACUGCAGGUGUCCUUGUGGGGCAAUAAGUGUGACCUUUCUUUUUCAGCUGGUGAAGACAGAUCUCAGAAGUCCAGUCUUUUACAAUCCCUGGAAGACAUGAUACCUUACAUCUUAGUGAAUGAUAUGGAAAAACUUUGGUCACUACUUGUAAACACCAAAAAAAGAAAUACAGAAAAAAGUAAUGUUAGGGUUGACAUAAUCCUGGAUAAUGCUGGGUUUGAACUUGUCAGUGAUCUUGUGUUGGCUGAUUUCCUGUUACUGUCAAAGCUAGCGGAUGAAGUCCAUUUUCAUGGAAAAAGUAUUCCAUGGUAUGUGUCAGAUACCACAAGGCAUGAUUUUAACUGGACUAUUAAACAACUGCAGUCGGCUAAUCAUAUGUGGAUGUCUAGAUGUGGGAUAAACUGGGAGGGCAAUUUGAAAAAGGGAGUUUGGGUUUACUGUGAUCACAUGUUUUGGACUUUACCACAUGACUUUUCCAGUAUGGCUGAAGUUGCUCCUGACUUACAUGCUGAUCUACAGAAGUCAAACUUGCUUCUUUUCAAGGGUGAUCUAAACUAUAGAAAAUUAACAGGAGAUAGAAAAUGGGAAUAUAGUGUUCCAUUUCAUCAAGCCUUGAACAGGUUUCAUCCUGCUCCUCUUUGUAGUUUGAGAACACUCAAAUCUGACACUCAGGUUGGCCUAAAACCUGGACAAGGUGAGCAAAUUCAGGCUUCUGAACCUGAGUGGAUGGAAUCUCAUGAUCAUGUUCUUUUGGAUGUUCCUGUCACUAGAGAGCAGAUGAAUCACUAUCGAGCUGCAGCCGAAACUGCUCAAAGUGAGCUUGCAGCACUUUCAGUGAAGUAUGAUUGUGCUUGGUCAGAGCUUCUUGAACUCAGGUCCAGAAUGGUCUCUAAAGAAGCCUCUUUUCAAGAACUGAAGGCUGAAGCUGAAACAUACAAGGAAAACAAUGCUAGACAGAUGUCUCGCUUGCUGUCUUUGCAAACCCGAAUUGAAGAGAUGGAGGAGGCGGUCUGUGUGCUCACCGCUUCUAAAAACCAGGCUGAGUUGUCAGCUCAGGUAGCAUUCAAGGAAAACUGGGAGCUGAAGGAGAAGCUUCAUGAGCAAAAUACCAAACUGAAUAAAUAUUUGAAUGAGUGUGAAGAAAGCAUGACUCAAGCUUCUAAAAUCAGCAGAAAGUAUGAAGAGCUCCUUACACAGCUUUCUGGAUUCUUGGACACAGACAUCAGAGAAAAAGAGAAACCACAGGAACAUUUAAUGUCAAAGGUCUCUGAAAUAUGUAAAGAAAAUCUAACACUAAAAGACCAGGUUUCUGCUCUUCAAGAAGCUGUCAAUGUCCAUGAGGUGGAGUCCAAAGCUAGCAGAGAAACUAUCAUGAAGCUUGUUUCAGAAGUGACCAAGGAGCAGGAAACGGCAGCAGGAUACUAUCAAGACAUGGAAAAACUUAGUAAGGAUCUCAAAAGUGCUGUAAGAGGGAAACAGAGUUUGGAGAUGGAGAUCAGAAACCUCCAAGAUAAACUGGAUGCUAAUCAGAAAGCUUUGGAUGCCUCAAAGCAGGAACUGCACGAUCUGGAGAAAUCAUUCAGUGAGCUGGAUGGAAGCUUGAAGAGCAGCAGAGAAGAGGCCAGGACUACUCAGAGCUCUUUAGUGGCUUUUAAAGAGCAAGUUGCUACCCUACUCAGUGGUAAAUCUGCAAUAGUUAAACCUUCUGAGAAGGCCAUUUUGGAGAGGAUUCAAGAAAUAAACUGCAAAGAGGAGAGUAAAGAAAUAAUGGUGUCUCAGCUUGAAGCCCAAGCAGCCAACCUAGCUGAAGCUUUGAAAAAUCAGACCAGACUGUACCAAGAAGCUCUGGAGAGGAGCAGGAAAGCUGAAAAAUGUUCUGAGACUUUCCAGGAUCAGCUGAAACACUUGGAGGAGGAAUUACUAUCUGUAGAUCUGAUGCAAGAUGAUUUGAAACUUGAGAAACAAAAAUUUCUGAAAUUUCUGGAGCAGCUUAAUGAGAAAAUGCAUCUGAAUAGCCUAGCAGCAGAAGUUGGAUUUGAUAUGAAUGUGGAUGUGAUUCUAGCCCGGGUAGAGCAGUUAGUGAAACUGGAAGGUGAUGCUGUGAUUGAAAACAAGACUAUGGCAUAUAGCCUAAGAAGGAAGCUAAAGACUCAGAAAGAAAAACUUGAAAGCAAAGAGCUGCACAUGAACCUUCUGCGGCAGAAAAUAACCCAGCUGGAAGAAGAGAAGCAAGUAAGGACUGCCUUAGCUGUGGAGAGGGAUGAGGCUAAUCUUGCUGUCAGAAAGUUACAUAAAACGAUAGAGAGGAUACAGAAGCAGCUUGAUCUGGCAAGGGAAACAAAUACUGAUCUCAAAGCCAAGCUGUCUGAAACCAGUGAACUCAAGAUCAAAACCUUGGAGCAGAGCCGAACAAUAGAGGAACUCAGUAAGUCUCAAGGCAAACUGGAAAGAAUGAAAGAAAAGGCUGAGAAGCAGCUUGCCUCUGUCAAAUCAGAACUUCUUUUAAAGGAGCGCAAAGCUACUGAAGAUAAAGAAAAAAACCAGAAUAUGUUAGAAGCAGCUACCACUGAGAUGAAGGUGCUUAAAACAACCCUUGCAGAAUUAGCAAAAAGAGAGAGACAGCUGGCAGAUUUCCGAGAGGUGGUCUCGCGGAUGCUGGGCCUUGACAUUGCCAGCCUCGCUCUUCCUGACUAUGAAAUCAUUACAUGUCUUGAGGGGUUAAUUCACUGUCAUCAGCACCACCAUUUUCCCUGUAUCUGCCUCAGAGAUAUGGCAGGGGCACCAGAGGAACACCCACAAGGAAACAUACAGCUUCUUCACUGA